UCGCCAAUAACUAAUGCGUAAUUUCAAAAUAACACGCUUUACCCCGCCGUAGUUAUUUGGGCUAAUAAAUUUCGCUUCACGUUAACUGCGCAAUAUAGUGCGCCGUGUCCACGUGACCGUGCCAUGUCCAUUGACCAAGGACGGGAGCCGGUGCUGCCAGAAGACACUCGACGCUCACGGCAUUCACCAUCGCCAUCGGCAUCAAAACGAAAAAAUCAAAACGAAAAGUAUGGCGCCGUAGCAGAUCACGCCGCAGCACGUUCGAAAACACAUACGAAAGCUGGGACUAUGGCAAGAGCAUUCAGCUGAAGUCAAGUUUUUUUCUCUCAAGUUCCGUGACGCCAUCCGCGGCACACAGUGUCCGAAUUCCCGCAGCCUUCGGGGCGUCGUCGUCAUGUCGGAGGGCCAGAAAAAAGCCGCGAAGCGGCUGAUCAAGUGGCGCGACAGCGCUCGCCGUCAACUGUCGAGCGCCUCGUGCAGCGACGAUCUCGCCGACGCCUUGCAAUUCGUCCUCCGCAACGUUGCCAAAACUUUCAAGGCCGCGCUUCUAUCGACCGACGACGACCGGAGAGAACAGUUGUCUCGGGACCUGAGCACCGUCUUGUGCCAGGUUUCGGCUCACCUCUACUUGCGUUCGCGCGAUUUGUUGGUCGCCGACUGCGACGAUGGCAGCGAUCGGAGCAGCCGCUCGAGCCGUUUCGACUACUGGGACCACCAGUGCGCGCUUCUCUCGUACUUGUUGGACCUGUCGCUCGUUCGCGACGAGCCCGCGGCGAUCACCAAGAUCUGCUUCGUCCUGUCCAAGAGCAAGCACAGGGUGUGGGACGUUCUCGUGCAGACGUGGGCCAUCUGCUGCUCGAGCGCACCCGUUCGUCUGGAGCUGCAGCCGCGGCUGCUGGACGUGUUCCGCUGGUUCGCGGCCUACUGCCCGCGCACGUGCGCGAGCCCCGAGCUGUACUUCAAGUUUGUCGUCUGCGCCGCGUGUCUGGCGAGACGGUUGCCCCAGCGCGGCUGGGAGACUGUCAAGCCCUUCGCCCUCUCCAUCGAACCCGCGGAGUUCGAUUUCGAAGAGUGGUUCGCCGCGCAGCCCGCCUUGGCCGCGCUUCUGCCUCGGUCCGAGGUGCCGAGAUCCCGCCGAAAAGUGAUCGCGCGCCUCUGCAAGAGCGCGUCGGACCCGGCGGAGCUGUUGGAAGCCUGCCGGACACUGAGCGAGUCCGGCGGUGGUUCCGCUGGCGUCAGGACGACGUGCGACGCCGCGGCGGACGUCGACAUGUUCGUCAUCGCGGACGAAGAGACACAGGCACGAGAGGAGGACACGAAGACGCCCGAGGUCGAGGAUGAGCAGCUGCAAGCAAUCAUUGAUUCAACACUGAGCCGUCUGCAGUCGACCAUUGCCACACCUCGUGCUAGUGACGCCGAGCCCAAUUCUGAGGCUGUCAGCAAUGCCAGCAACUCCCCGCUGAAUACAAAGGCUUUCUUGGACAGGCUUCUCCGUAGCAGUGUUGCUGAUACUGAUGCUAGGGGAGCGUUGAAGAAUGCAGAAGCAUCUGUGAAGAAGCUCGACCACAAGCAACGAGAGUCUGUUGAAGAGGUGAACGACAGCAAAGCAGUGGACGUCGUGGCUACACCGGUGAAAGGUGAUAAGCAUACAAGCAUGGCUCAGGAAGCAACAUCGAAAGAAGAAGGGGUUGUUGGAAAUUGUGCAGACAGCACACCUGCGGCGUCACCUCUGCGAAAAAAAUUUGGGAGACGAAAAAGGGUUCACACAAAGAAGAUUCAUUCCUCAGGCAAGCUGCCCACAUCAAAAGCUGCAGAGGAGUCUUUUACUUUUGCAGCCAGUAUGGAUGAUGAAGUUCAGCACGAAACUCCACUUUCACAAAAAUCCUCACUUCAAAAACAUUUGCAGAAACUGCCUUCGGUUUCAGCUGUGCAGGAUUCAGAUGCUACAACAAUGCCUAUUGGCGACCAAUGUGUAGUGAUGGGAACAGACCAAGGCAGUGUCGUUGACCUUGAAGAAAAUUCAAAUGAGCACCAUGACUACAUAAUGGGCAAUGAGAUGCCAUUGUCGAUGGGCAGAGAGGAGUCUAGAGAUUUUUGGAAUUCGCAAGCUGAGCCAGUCGCAAAAGCUCUGAAAGAAGCUUCACUACAAAGCCACAGAACUGGCAAAGCAGUUUUGUCUGAUAAUGGUGAAGGGCUGGGAGCUUCUUCAUGUUCGGAAGUUGAUUCGACAGCAAAUUCAGGUUUGCUUCCAGGUCACCAAGCUCGGAAGGUGACAAAAUCUCGCAGGCACAGGAUCAUUAAAUCUUCAUCAGAGGAGUCUGGCACUCGGCAAGAACUGUCCUCGGUUUCAGCUGUGCAACACUUGGGUGCUGCAAUGACUUUUAAUGUUGGCCAGUGUCCAGGGAAGAGGACGGAGCAAGACAGCAUCGGAGACCUUGAAAAGAAAACGACCAGGCACCACGAUGCCAAAAUCGACAAUCAAAAGUCGUUGAUGAAAGGCAGACAGGGGCAUGGCAGACACUUUGAGGAUACCAUCGAAACUAUUUCAAGUUCAUCAGAUGAUGGGGCUGCAGAGAAAAACGAUGGACAGCUAAUGCGGGAUGACAUCACUGAAGCUCUUUCAAGUUCGUCAGAUGUUGAGGUUGCAGGACAAAAUGGCAGGCGGUCACAACAUGAUGAUGAUGAUGCUGAAACUCAGUCAAGUUUGGAUUCAGAGUCUUCUCAGGACGUAUCACCUUCGAGCUCAGAAUCUGAGGCUUCUGGUGAACACUCAUGCCGCCAAAGUGCAUCUGGCAAUUCAGUCAAAAAGAAAAGAGCUGCUUUGUCUCCAGGUAUGAGACCUUCAGGCACAGCUUCCACUUGUAGUGGGGAAACCUGUAAUGUCCAGGAAAGGCAGAGAAAAAUGCAGAGCAAUUUUCCAGAGCCAGAAUAUAAGAAAAGUAUUUUUAAAGGGCAUUAUAAUGUUUCAGCAUCAAGGUAUGCCAAAACAUCUGGAGUACAUUCAGAUUCGGAGCCCAUGUCUCCUGUAAAUUUAGGGAAAAUACAGUGCCAUCCUGCUGCGGUUCUUGAGGCUAGAGAUGUCACAUCGAGAACUGUGAAGAAGGCACAUAGGAGCAUAAUUGUCAGUUCCUCUGAGUCUUCCGAUGAAGAAUGCAGCAUUGAAUGCCCAGUGCUGCAAGAGUCUGUGUCUUCUGACGAAAAGCGCAGUGUUGAACACUCGGCACAACAAGGAGCAGAGUUUUCCAAUGAAGAAUGCAGUGUUGAGGCUAGCGAUGUCACACCAAGAACUGCGAAGAUGGCACAUAGGAGCAGAAUUGUCAGUUCCUCUGAGUCUUCUUAUGAAGAAUGCAGCAUUGAACGCCCAGUGCUGCAAGAGUCUGUGUCUUCUGAUGAAGAGCGCAGUGUUGAACACUCGGCACAACAAGGAGCUGAGUUUUCCAAUGAAGAAUGCAGUGUUGAGGCUAGAGAUGUCACACCGAGAACUGCGAAGAUGGCACAUAGGAGCAGAAUUGUCAGUUCCUCUGAGUCGUCUGAUGAAGAAUGCAGCGUUGAACGUCCAGUGCUGCAAGAAGCUGUGUCUUCUGACGAAGAGCACAAUAUUGAACACUCGGUGCAACAAGGAGCAAAGUUUUCCAAUGAAGAAUGCUGUGUUGAACACUCGGCACAAGAAGCUGAGUCUUCAGAUGAAGAGCGAAACGUUGAACACCCAGCACAACAAGAAGCCAAGUCUUCUGACAAAGAGCAUGGUGUUGAAUACUUGCCAAAUCAAGAAAGUUACUCUUCCAAUGAAAAGUGCAAUAUUGAGCAUUCAAUGCAACAAGAAGCUGAGUCUUCCAAUGAUGAAUGUGAUGAUGAACACCUUUCACAAUCGAAAGUGAGACAGCCCGCAGUGUUUUCAGAAUUGGCCGAUGAAAUCCCAUGUGGGCAGCGGUCACCUGGCGCUUUGUCACUGCAGGACAUGCACAUCUCACCUUCAGAAAGUGAUGAAGAUGGUCCGCUCUUUCCGGGGCUUAAUGGCACUCCUCUGGCUGCUGAAUCAGAUGAAGGGGUCGCUUUCGGCAGACAACAUGCGGGGAGCCUGUCACAAGCCACAACCGUUGCAGCUUCGUCCCAGAGGCGCUCGCCAUCACCUUUUUCAAAGCUGAGAGAAUUAGUGAUGUCCUUUCAAGAGGAUUCUGACGAUGAAACAGAUACUAUGGCUUUAGGAGGAAAGGAAGCAUCUUUAGUCGGCAAACACUGUCUCUCUAAGGUGCCGCUCGUGAAGAAGGUGGGCACCCCUACAACCCAACAGUCGGUUAAAUUGAAGCCUCAAGGUGUACGGCACAACGUAGAUGAGAGGAGAUCACCUAAAAAGAGCCAACCUGCCCACAGAAGAGCGUGCUCGCGUAGUUCAGUCUCUUUACAAAGGGAACAGGCAGCAGUGCCUGACAAAGAACAAGCUUCAGAAACCGACUCCUAUAAAGCAGCUGUGGCUACAAAUGCCACAGCCAGUGUAAGCUUGAAUAGUGACACCAUGGGGUCAAGGCACAUGUCAAUGGAGAAGAUUAAAGUUCUCAGUCCAGGCAUGAAGCAGGCAGGCAUUUGUAAAAACAGCUCUGGAGCAUCGUUGCCCAAGAAUAAACUGUUGAAGCCAUCCAAAGUUACCAAAACCUCAGAUUCAGAAUCGGAGCAAAAUGAUGCUUCUGAAUCAGACUCUGAUGAAGAUCAAAGAAACGCGAACACUGCCCUUAAGUCCGGAAAAUGCACAACACAAGGCCCAUCUAAGACAGAGGAACUGGCAAAAGUUGAAGCUUCACCUUCGAAUAGAAGGAAACGGGCACCCUGUCCAAAUCUUUUGCCUUUGGAUCCCACCAGGCCAAAAAGAGCAACACUGAUGUUGUCUUCUGAUCACGAUUUUGAUGCUGCAAGUGUCAAUGUGGUUAAGGAGAGUGCAUGCAGUGAGCAUUCACGGCAAAAUGAGGUCAAUGCCAGGCAACUGCAGGAAGCCGAAUCUGAAGCGUCUGCCCAAAGAAAAAGCACACGGAGUUGUGCCAAAAGACUGCCAUUUGGGCAGCAAAAAGAACAAGUUCACAAUUCUGACUCUGGCAACACAUUCAAAGAUUUAUGUGACCAGCCUGUGCCAAGCAGCGAUUUGGCAAAAAGUCCGUCAAAGGGAAAGCAAAAGCACGGUGACCCAGGCGACGGCAAUUCCUCAGCUCCGGAAAAGCCACACACUCCUGCAAAACCUUCCAGUAGUUGUGUGACCCAUGGAAUAGAGGUGUCCGGAAGACGAGACAAUCUAAGUGAUGAUGGAAUCAAAUGUGAUGUUUCUCACAAAUGUACAUGUCCCGUGUCACUUAUGAAAAAGCCAUCAUCUAUGACCAAGCAGAGAUCUGGAAUAGAGGCAGAAGCUACAAGUAGGAGCAGGCAGCUGGCUUCUAGCAGCCUGCACAUAUGUACAUUAUCACCAAUUCGUGGCAGGACUCCUUCGUGUGAGGUACAGCAAACAGGGCAGGCUGAAUUUGGAGUCCUGACUCGGAGUGCACGCAGGCAACUGUCCUUUGCUAAUGGUAAAGCCUCCCUGUCCCAAAAAAGAAUAACAAUGUCUGCAGAGGGACUAGGACCUGAUGUAAACUCAAAUGCUAUGUCUUGUGGGAAGACACUAAAUGAUGUAGAACCAGCACCGUUGCAGGUGAAGAGAAGGGCCUUACAGGGUAGCACAAGUGAUGGCCACUCUGUCAUGAGAAGUGACACUUCACCUACACAAGCAAAAGAUAAUGCCAUAUCUGAGAAAGAAUUAGAAAAGAGAGACAAAAGAGCAGGCAGUGCAUCUUCAAGGCAUAACACGUUAUCACCAUCUCCAAGACUAACUAAAUUGCCAAUAGUAAAACUAGAUCGUAUGCAGAAUAAUGAAACAGGACCUCUAGCAACUGUUAGUGGCAACAACUUGCUCAGAACACGCUCAGUUUCAGCUUCAUUGCAAGGCAGGGAGGCGGAUGCAUCAAACACCACAUUUGAUGGUCUGAUUACCAGCAAGGGAAGGCAAGUAGGUUCUGACAUGGGUGACACUGCAGCUUUGGCAAGGUCGCCAUUAAGAACAGCAUCCAAGCGCAGACGGGUCGUUGAUGCUUGCAUGAAGUCAACAUCUGCCCUGGACACUUUUGAAGAUGAUUCUUCUAAGACAAGUGUCUGCCUUAGCGGGCUGACACAGGUGCCUUUGUCACGAAAUCCUCACGCUUCAGACGACUCUACGAGUUCCGACCAAGAGGGGGGCGACUUUGUUCAUAGCGCCCAGCAGCGAAGACUGUCGUUGCGAAGGCUGCCGUCACGAAGGUUGCCCCAACGUAAUAAGAAAGAGGAUUUCAUUAUUGAUGUUGAUAAGGAGGUUCGUUCUCUUUCGGACUCUGAUGAUGAUGAUGAUCCUACCUACGAAGUUAGUGAUGUAAAUCUUGAUGCCAGCAUUGCUCGCUUAAGAAGACUCAAAGUGCCUCUUUAUACACCAGAAAUGGAAGCACAGUCAAGAACAUCGAGUGCUGCUUCGAGCUACAAAGUGGCAAACAGCAGUGCAAAAAGGACUGGACGGCUCUCAUUAGCUGCAAUACGAGCUUCGCAGUCCGAUAGGAGCCCGAGCUCCCAGUCCAGUCUGUCGCCCCCUUUCAGUCCGGUGGCAACUGUGUCCAGCGGUAUUCCAGAGGCGCAGAGUCCAGCGUCCAACUCCUGCUUGUGUCAUUCACCUUCCAGGCAUGCUAAAAGUUACGAUAAGCAGAACAGCAUGAUGUCGGGAAGGCAAGCAAUAAAAAAUGGACAGAGUUCAUCUGAAAACAAGGACCAUGUGUUGUCAGUGUUGGAAGACCCACAAGUUCUCAGCACAACAAACACAGGAAAAUCUCCAGAAAAAAUGCCAGUUCUCAGGCGGUCAACGCGUUUAAGUACAAAACAGGAUAUGCCUGCGUUCCUUACUUGUUCAAACCACUUGAAGAGUGGUGAACUUGUGGCACCGCCACAUUCGAGCCACCUAAACAAGGACUUUGAGGUCAUUGUCCGAGAGCAGACUGUACGCACUUCCAAAAGGAACAAGAGUUUGAAAAUGAGUCCUUCAUUGCAAAUGCAUGUGAAACAUCCUGAUGAAAGGUCAGGCGCAGCUGAAGAGGCAUCAGUGAUAGACGAUGCAUCAAGCUCUGUCUGCUCAACCUGCAAUCGCUGUGGGAAGGCUGCCAGUACUCAGGACAGUGGGACCAUGACUGACGACAGUUACCUUCAUGAUGAAGAUGCUUUUUCGGAUUCACUGAGAUAUUCUAAGCGUAAGAAGGUUGGCUCCAGUGCAUCAGCGUCACAUUCAAAGGCCAGAGCCUCCACGUCAUCUUGCCGGCACGGUUCAGCAACUCAAGAAGCCAGUGUUCCAAUACGGCGCAGCUCACGAGCAACUGCAGGUGCAUUACGUAGACUGAGUUAUGCUUGAAAUGCUGCUACGUGUGAUGAGAAAAAUUCUAAUAGACAAUGUCUAUUGGAACUGUCAGUGUUACUAUGUUACUUACUCAGUGUUACCUUGUGGGUGCCAUUCAGAAAGCUGUACUAUUGAACUGCAUUGUUACAGCUUAUAUCACUAAAAGAUAUACGUAUAUGUGUUAUUUUAAGUCUUGUGUUAGUGAAGUUCAUAUUGCUUUUUUUGAGCUGAGUGUAGCAUCAAGUUCAUUCUUGAAGGCAACACAUCUUGAUGCACUGUUUCACGAUAGUCAUGUUGUACGCGAUGCUGUAGUGUACAGUCGAAGGGCAGCUGAUCUCACAGUGUGGUCUUGGACAAACUGUGUACUGGUGUGGUUUACCAGGCUUGUUGUAGGUGUCAUGCACUCAUUGUUAUGCAGAAUAUUCACCUCAGUACAUUAAUAGAAUUGUUGUAGGCAUAAGUACCAAGCAAACACCUUGUAGAAUUGGGAUUUCAUUGCAUUUAGUCAUUUCAUCACUUAGCUUCUAGACUCGUGGAAUUGUUUGAAAAGCAGUGUUAAUGUUUUGAGCACCAAAAUACAUUGAAAAUGCAGUGUACGAAAAAGAAGGUAGUCGUUUCAGGAAUGAGAAAAAAGUUAUUAAUAACUUAUUGAAAAUCAUCAUGUACUACUGCCUUUGUGGAAAUUAAACAUGAACUUUCAUAGUCAUGAUCUUAGAUCCACUAAGAGAAAAGGCUUUCACUGGCUAAUUAAUGCACACGCUUAUUUUUAUUUGUCUUGGCAAAGGGCUGUCUGUGGGCAUAGUUAAGUAAACUUGCCACCAAAAAGAAAACUUUACCUGUUAAGAACAAAGCACUUAGGUGUGAAUAGGCAAAGCAAAUAAGUUGUCACAUGUACAGGGUGUUCUGCUGUCCGCGUAAAUGUGUGUAACUGUGCUUGUAUUGUGUGCUGUGCAAGCUGCACAUGUCCAUGCCACGUCGUCUGCUAUCGACGUAAUGUGUAAAAGCCAUUGGAUACACAACUGCAAAGCACGUAAAUUCUUGCACAUAGGCAACGUGCUCUUCUGCUAUUUUCAACAGGCAUUUUUGCUUACACAGUGUGCUGUGCGAGUUGCGCUUGGCUCUGCCUUGUCUGCUACAGAGGCAGGUGCUUUACAAUUUACAAGGAAAAUUUUGCUCAAUCGAAGCAUGAGAGCAUUAGUUGAUGGUCAAUGUGAAUUUGCUGUAAAUUCCCAUGAGCUGACAAGAUUAUCAGCGUCUGAAGCAAACAAGGAAAUUUUUCUCCUGUCUGCUCAAGGUGUCCGCACCUCUGUAACAGAUGACAACAAUUUUGUUGGUUGCACUAGCCCUGCUCAUUGCCUCACUGCAUUAGUGCAGUGCACUGAAUAUGAUUUUUUGGCACUUUGGCUGGCGUGGCAAGCAGCGGCGAUGAACUCGAUUAUUCAUGCUAACAAUAGACCACCCUGUAUAACUGGGCAUGCCAGUUGCACUCAAACUAUUUGAGCUACUUCUAAAGGGAAAAAGUGCAGUUAGCAAGCAACUUCUGGGGCUGUUUCUGUUCAGCUUUCGAUGUAUAGGCUUAAGUAGGUUCACCCGUAAAAAACUUAGAGUGACUGUUUUUGUCCAAGCUACUGCUUUUUAUAUUGACGCUUUUAUAGAAAGUGCUUUCUGCAGCUUGUUGCAGGGAAUGUGUCAUUCCUUGGGUUGUACCCAAUUUCUUGUCUUAAGCUUACAUUGAGAUUCGUUGAUGCUUUAAUGUUGGUUAGCAUUAUGGUAGUUCCAACACAAAGUGGAAAGUCACAAAGGCGCAUUGAUUUGUAUUCACUACAGCUAAAAAAUUUUGAAACUUAAAACAUUUUUUUUUUUUACUUUGUUGUUGGGACACCUUUGUUGAGAUGAUGGUAUAUGCUACAUGUGUCAAAUGUUCUGUUGUUAGGGUACACAUUGUUUAUGCCACAUUUUGCUUUCAGAGAUUCAGUAGCGAUCUAAAGCUUUCCACGAUUGCAAGGACAGCAUUGGUGACGUAGAUGUUUAUGCAAUGUGCUUUCUUAUGUGCACUUUCUAAACUGUCAUUUUCUGUGAUCAUGUGUUCCGUAUUGAGGUUAAGGGUGCUCAUUUCAGAGAGCCAUAUAGGGAGCGUGCAUUUUUGGUAUGUCAUAUUGUUCAUCGUUCACUCCUGUCAUCCAUGCAUCAAGUGCUGCGUGAUGGUUUAUCCCCUUAAAGUUUUAUGGGGCAAGGUUUGCAAGAAUUUAAUAAAACUUAACUCCACUGAAA